GAGCAUAGAGUAUAACUAUGGACAUAGAAACUGGAGAAACAUUGCUUUAACUGUGCGAGUGCUCUACAUCCCUGUCCAUUUUGUCUAUCUAUAAUAUAAAGACCUAUUCUGCUAAAUUCCUAAUGUUUGAGUGCGUUUAGUUCUGCCUGAGCCGUACCUUUUAUACGCUAACAAGAGAUUUUGUUUUCAAGCGAGUCUCGGCCAGUUUCCACUCAUCAGUUAAGUCUCUGGAGUCUCUAAGAACAGCUAGAGAUGGUGAAGGUCAUCACCUGCUUUCUGUAACACACUUACAGGAAAGCGCAAUCUGCCCUUUUUAUGAUUGGAAAUAUAUUCCCAAUAAUAAUUCUUAUGCUACUGUAAGUUACAAUAAUUGUCACAAUAGUAGAAAGCAAACGGCACAAUUCGUAUUCCACCUCAUCGGAACGGCUCGUGAGUUCGAUUUGAACGCGGGUCGAAAUGUUUAACAGCCUCCGUACCGUUCACUCGAAUUAGCCGGCUAGUAACGUGCGCUGUCUUUUUUUUACUAGGUCAUACGCCAUAUUAGAACAGUCCCUUUGUUGAUGGGAAUGUGAGGAGAAGUUUAUUACCGUCAUUACCACCGCUUCAUAAUCCACCUGGCAGGAGUCCUUUAUUUUAUCUGCGAGGGGAAAAUAGCUUGGAAAGCUCUCUGAGAGUAAAGUGUUUACAGCAAGGGUGAUGCAAAUUGGGGCAGGGUAUUUUGUUCUGUUAUGAAUCCUAUUUCGGUUUGUUAUUGCUGAAAUCCUAACCCCUUGAUGCUGUAGCCACCCACAACUUAAGUCUUUAAAGACACCAGAUACCCGGCUUGGAUGCGAUCGCUCGUUAACAUCACAAGAUUCCUGCUGACGUUCCGCCAGGCCACGAACGCAGACUCCGUCACUUUAGCUUUCGGUGUAGCGAACCGGCGUGUGGUUUACGUUGGAUAACUGACUUGGACACUUUGCUCCGAAUAAAUCUUCUCAAACUAAAGCAAGCCCUUAUACACAGCUGUCUUGACACUGAAAUGAAAAUAUAUAGAUAAAAAUUCCUUAUGUGAUUAUUUCAUAAUUCUACAACUUUAAAAAAAAAAAAAAAAAAAAAAAAAAACCCACACAAGUGUUUUUGUGUCCUGUAGCCUUUUCACAAGGAGAUGAUGUUGUACAAAAGACCACCUCACAAUGAUGAACAGAUAAUCGCCUGUUCAAUCAAUAUCUGUAAAAGAGGGCUGUCUGUCAGAUUAACGCUUCGUACACCGCGGAUCAUAAAUCUCAAAGCUCGGAUUUGUUCUAUGUUCAUCCUCAUUGCGCAGAAGAAUCCACUGCAGUAAUAAAGGAAGCACAAUCUUCACCCAUCAGUCCCCAUUAUGUUUUGUCCAGUCAUUUGUUUUAUCCCCCCCCCAUUUCCUGUUCGUCGUUUGAUCGUUCUUGACCCAUUCACGAGCAGCGGUUUCCCCUAGCAACAUAGAGACAAAUGGAAUAGGAAGAGCUGAAAUGAAUUCAUUCACACAAGCCAAUGGAAGCGAGUCGAAGGCGGAGCUCGGGCUGAAAAGACGUGUUGCCAGCGUGUCACCAUUGACAUGCGUUCUCGCUGUCAGGGUUUACAUGGCAACUGGCACACAGCAGCUCAGGAUUUGUUUAUGUUGGAUACCGGCACAUUUUAGUCCUCUGUCGCCUGGCGAUAACGUCUGCUCUUCUUUUAGAAUGUUAAAACCUUACAUAGGAUCAUAGGAUGAUGUCGAGUGAAGUGAAACCGAAGUAGAUCUUAAAAAGUGUGACGUCCUGCGGUGUAAAAGGACACGGAUCACUUUACACAUCAGUAAAAAAAAAAAUGAAAUGCGAAGAUAGAAUUCAGAUGAAAAGGGUUGAUGGGAUAAAAUCUGUUCGCUUACCGACCGUGUGUGGACUCAGAGGCUUGUUGGAGUUAAGGGAUCCUAAAGGAUAAAGGAAAUCUAUUUACAGCCCUGGAGCAAUAAGAGAGACACAUCCAGCAAGAUGUUGAGAAGUUUACAGACAUUGAAAAACUCUACCUCUACCUUAAGUUGCCUUCUGGUCCCAGCAGCGGUAAUGACAAAAGGACUGAAAAUCAGAGGGGGUCUACAAGUCCUGCAACAUGUGACCAGAAUUCCAUGUCAUCCAGUCGGACGCAACAGAUGUACGCUUUCAACUGGAUUCGGAAUCACUUAGAGGAGCAUCCUGAGACCUCACUGCCUAAACAAGAGGUGUAUGAUGAGUACAAGAGCUAUUGUGACAAUCUUGGCUACCAUCCUCUAAGUGCUGCUGAUUUUGGGAAGAUCAUGAAAAAUGUCUUUCCCAACAUGAAAGCACGUCGCCUUGGAAUGCGAGGAAAAUCUAAAUACUGUUAUAGCGGACUGAGGAAAAAAGCUUUUGUGCAUAUGCCAUCUUUGCCCAACUUGGACUUGCAUAAAUCAGGAGAUGGGUGUGAGCUACUGGAGCCAAGCGGACAGUCUCCCAGCGCUGAGGACGAGAUGCGUUCUGCAGCCUGUGGCUUGGUGUGUGAAUGGGCACAAAAAGUUCUGAGUCGUCAGUUUGACAGCGUGGAGGAUUUAGCACGCUUCUUACUCAACAGCCACUACAUUGGCACUAAAUCCAUGGCUGCACUAACUGUUAUGACGGGAACUCCCACAGGUGUUAAAACGCCCACCCCGGCCUCUGCGUUCGUGCCAACCGGAGACGCCAACUCCUUCCAUCCCCAAAUGAAGACUCUCCCUUCACCCUCUGUUGACACAAAGCAGCAGCUACAGAGAAAGAUUCAGAAGAAACAGCAAGAACAGAAACUUACUUCUCCAUUGCCAGGUGAUGCCCAAGCCAGAAGAGCAGAAGCAGGCACACCGGGCCCAGGGUCUAGCAUCACUUCUGGAAGUCCAGCUUUGUUGUCCUCACAGCCUGCAAUAGGUAUUGUGGUGGCUGCAGUACCAAGCCCCAUCACGGUUCAGAGGAAUAGACAGCUGAUGACUUCUCCGAGUCCAGUCGCAACAACAGAGGGAAAGGUUUUACCGGUUAAUUUCCAAGUGGUAACCCAGUCUGUUAAGCAGUCCCCUAAAACUCCGCAGAAUAUUCCGGCAAGUCCUGUUGGUGACAGGUUAGCCAGGCACAGAUAUGCCCAGAUUCUUCCCAAACCCUCUGCCACAAGCGGCAUAACUCUUCGUUCCCCGCCAACACUUCUAAUUACGAACAGCCCUAUAAAAACAGUGAUGCCCACUCCCCAUGUCAGCUCGGUUAAUGUCGUCAAGAUGACCGCUAUAUCUCUGACACCUAACAAUAGCGGUGGUAGCAACACUCCGACACCAUUACGACCUGCUUCAGCUGGUAUCAGUAGCACCGUUUCCCAGGAAGAGUCUAACCAAUUUCAACCAGCUCAGAACGGCAGCUCGGCUACUUUGUAUACAUCUGGAGCUGGAAGACUCGGCCGUCCCGUCACGACCCCGAUUCCAUCCAUUUCCUCCCUUAGUGAAGUUAGGCUAACAUCUGAAGCUGUGAAUGAUAGUAACUCAUCUGCCGGUGGAGAAAAGCAGAGCACCGCACAAGGGAACAACGUUGGGCAAAAGAAUGAGAGGGCCACUAAAUAUAGGGCUUCCAGUGAACCUUCUCUCCUUGUCAAGGCAUCCCCAGUGCCUGAAAGAGUGACCAGAGCCAAAAGUGACUCUGCAACACCUCCAAGUACAAUCAUAGGGGCAGCUGUCCCAAUUAGCAAUAACAGCAGUGAUCAUCAGGAGAGUACUUUGUAUCUGACUGUUAUGAAUCAGAAUGCUGACAUUGGAUCCAAUGACACCGCUUCACCACCUGGUCAGUCAUUAAAAGAUGUUAGUCUUGGAUUGAAAAGUCCUCGAAAGCGCUCUGCUUCUGUUUUGGAGUCACAUGUGAUCCCAGUUAAAAGGGUGUUUAUAUCCCAGCAGUCUUUGGAUGCCAGCAACAAUCCUAAAACUAGUCUAGUAAUAGCCACAAAGAAGAUACAGAGGCCAGGAACUCCUGCAAGACCAGAGAGUGCUCCAUGUAAAGUCACGCUGAAGCAUAACUCUCUUCCAACACAAAUCCUGGCACUUUCUGAUACUCCCAUUGGAAACACUUCUCAGACUAUUAUAAGCUCUCAGAGCUCUUCACAGGUCGACAUCGGGGACAGCUCUGCUGGACUAAGCCCUACCGAUAUAGACUCUUGUAAUAGCACAUCAUCCGAUCAAACUUUAUUGCAACAAAUUGUGAGCCAGCAACAAGUUACCAUUGCCAUUUCUCAGGAGGCAUCUGCUGUGAGUGAGCUGAAGAGCUCAUUACAAGACUACUCUCAACAGAUACAGGCAGAACAAAAGCAGGUAACUGCUAGCCACUUGCCAUUGAUAGCCCAAGCUCCUGAAGCAUCUGCCCAGUUGACACUCCAGCAAGACAUUGUUGACUUUGAUGGAGCUCAAGCCAGCAUAGACUAUUUCCCCUUCAAUGAUGAUGACAUGACACAAGAUAGCAUAGUAGAAGAGUUAGUGCAGAUGGAGGAGCAAAUGAAACUGAAUAGCAGUCUACAGCCAUACCUUAGUACCCUUGAUUUACCCUUACAAGGGCAGUCAGCUCAAAGCACCAUCCUUUCCUCUCACCAGACUGGCACUCAGUUCUACCACUCCGCACAUAGUAGCACCACUCCAGUACACACUCCUACGCCCACACCGACCCCAACACCGACCCCGACUCCAACCCCUACCUCUGAAAUAUUGCCAGGGGGCCACAGCUUAGCCAGGGAAAGUCCUUGUUGUAGGGUGGCACCUAUUACCCCAGUUGAUGGGAUUUUAGUUGGCCGGCAUACGCCUAUUAGCACGCCGUUGUCCAACUGCAGUAGUAGUGUCCCACCAAGUCCUGUUGAAUGUCGUAAUCCCUUUGCAUUUACCCCCAUUAACUCCAAUAUACCAGGUUAUCAUGAUGGUAGUGUAGUAUCCAGUAGCCCGGUCAAACCCAUGCAGAGACCGAUGGCCACUCACCCAGACAAGGCCAAACUUGACUGGAUCAACAAUAGAUAUAACAGCACAUCAGGUUCCCCAUCAGUUUCCAAUAGUAAUGCCAUUGGAAUUCUUCCAAGCUAUCAGGACCUGGUGGAGGACCACUUUCGUAAACCACAUGCAUUUGCUAAACCAGGGCAAUCUUUUCAACCACAAUCCAGACACCAAGAUGUGCAUUUGGUUCAGUUAACAGCCGUGUCACCCGUACAAGGACAACAGGCAGUGGAGAACAAGCAAGAAAGUUUUGCUGUGCCAGCACCAUUAGACAACAAACUUACAGGUUGUACAUCGGGGGCUGGAGGUGGAACCUUUAGGUGCCGCAGUGUGAGCCCCGCUGUUCGUCAGCGGAACCUAAGUGGCACCUCUGUGCAAACCAACUCUACUCCAAGGUCCGUUAUUUCACCGUUCAAUUCUCCCAUAACUCAAGAGGUUCUUAACAUCCUUUCUAACAGUCAUUCGGUGGUCACUGCCAACAGCAUGGCCCAAAGGAGCCAGUCAGUACCACUAAGCAUAAUGAUGCAGUCUGAGAUGUUGCCAAUUAGCCAACAGGGACAGCAGAGUAAUAGUGCCAAGAUAACCAGUGUGCUUUUGAGUAAAAUGGAUGGAGAUGGGGAUGAUACAGUGCGUGGGUUGGGUGUGAAUAAUAUGCCCUCCAAGUACACAGCCCGAAUGAACCUGACACAGAUCUUGGAGACUACACAGGCCUUUUCAGAAGGCACUAACCUUCAUGGUCAGCAGCUGUCUGUUUGCUCAAGUCCUUCACAGUUUGACUUCCAGAAGCCUGGUUUCCUCAUAAGCACUGGAGAUGAAUCUGUUACUUUCUCUAGUGAUGACCAAGCACAAUCGGUCUCUGGGCUACAAGAGCAGCAGCUUCAACUACAGGACCAACAGUUGGAACUACAGGAUCAACAGUUGUUGCAAGAUCAACAGUUGCAACUUCAGGAACAACCAUUGCAACUCCAGGACCAACAAUUGGAAUUACAAGACCAACAUUUACAAUUACAACACCAACAAUUGCAGCUACAAGACCAACAGCAGCUACAACAUGAUCCAGACCUCAGCCAGCAGCAGCUGCUGUCUCAAACGUCACAACAAAACGAACAGCAGCAGCACGAGCACCUGGACUUUAACAGCACCGUCAAGGACCUCUUGGGGGAGGAUGGCCUCAAUCCCAGCUCCCAACUUGUUGGGCAGGUGGCAUCAGAACUAAGUGCAGUAGCAUCUGACUUUUCUAGUGAAAUUCGUUUAACCUCUGACCUUUCUGGUAGCAUCAAUGACCUGAACACUUUGGAUCCUAACCUUUUGUUUGAUCCGAGUCAGCAACAGGACCAAUAUGAAGACGCCACACUGGAGGAGCUGAAGAACGACCCGUUGUUUCAGCAGAUAUGCAGUGACACUGUGAAUUCUGCUGGAUUUGACUGGUUGGAGAACAAAGACCAACCAACAGUGGAAAUGUUAGGUUAGUGUUGUUUUUCUUUUGUGUUUAUGUCGUGGUUGUAGCUGUUUGUCACUAUUUAUGGUUUCUGUUGAUUGUCCCAUUUUGUUUUUGUGACUGUUCUUUGUUUUUUAAUGUGAUUUGUUCACUGCAUCAACACACUGGAUCGCUCAGUCCAGUGGAAAGUGCCAGUCUUACCCGAAUUGUUCGUUUAUAGGAUUGUGCUUUUUUUUUAAAAAAAAUAAUUAUUAUUUAUUUUUUGUUUAUAAAACCAGUUCAUUCCAGUUUCCUCAUCCAGACAUUUCUGUGUCUAUAGUUUACCAUUUCUUUCUUGUGGCUACGAAUCAGCUGACCCCAAUGUGCAUACGUUUUUUUUGUUAUGUUUUGUUUUUAUUACGGUAAUACGAGGUUAUAUUACCGAUUUACAGACAUUUUAAAACAGUUUGUUUUUACUUUAACAUCUGUUCAUGCAUUGACAUUUUAAAUAUCCCGUUCCCACGAAUCGUAAGCGAUCCGAAACUCGAUGCAAUAUUUUUGCAUGAUGAAUCACCAAGUUUUUAAAUGUCUUGCAUAUGCAUUGUGAUUGGCUUUGUGAGGAUGUGGGAAAAGGAGUUUCCUCGAUUUUAUAUCAUGACUGAAUUCGCCAUCACUUCUGCAUAUCUUAACUGUCAGUCAAAUGAAAAGAUUUAGGUGCUAACAGGUGCUCAAUAAAAGUAACUCGCGUCGGCCAAAUUAUUUUCGCUAACUACGUUCUAUCUAAUAUAUAGAAAAUUAGGAAACUUAAUAAAAGGCCAUAUUAAUUGUACUGUUAAACAGAAGGGUAACGAAGAGGAUUACGUUUUGCUGUUUCUACAAUGUUUUCAAAAAGAAGUGAAUAUUAAACGAGGGAGAUUUAAUCUGCCUUAUUUUCAAAAUCCUAAGGCUUAGGCUUUAAAGGUGCGGAAAGGUUUUUAAAGAGCCUCGCCGCUUUUCCGAAUCAAUCUGUAUACGUAAGCUUGGCUUUUUUUUUAAUUUUUUUGUUAUCGUGAAUUAUUGACGUCGUUUCAAACGCAUCCCUUAAAGUUAGUAUAUUUUAACAUUCCGCACGGAUUCACUCCACGUUUCGUUUCCGGUUAACGGCUGACAAAACGACGACGGUAUCGUAAAGGAACGGCCAAAUUCUAGCGAAGGCUACGUCUCGUGACAACACGUCCAACCUGCUAGGAAUUCCGAUCUAAAAUCCAUACCAAAGAACCGCUUUUGAAAAAUAAAUAAAUAAAUAAGCGCUUGAGAUUUGUUCCAUUCAUCUCCAAAUUAACAUAAUUCUUGAAGGUUGGUUUUGGUGAAUAAAACAGGGUUUUACGGUACUUGAUCUUCGGGUUGGAUUAUAUUUGUGUACAGUAUGUAUAUGGCAAAUGUAUCUGAUGUACAGGUAAUUAUGGAUGGUAAGCAUGUUGUCCAAAGUCAUUUUAAUGGAUUCAUGAAAGCUUAAUUUGGCUAUCUGUAGUCGCUAUUAUUAUUAUUAAUGCCCCAUGUGUAAAAAUGACAUCAUUUUAUCAAUCCACUGUCUUAAAGUGAUGAUUUUUUAGGUCCGAGCACCCUCGAAAAAAAAACAAAAGAAGAAAUGUUACAUUGCUCUUAUUGAAUCUAUAGCCAGCACAAUAUGCUGCGUGUCGUUUUUUGGCUUUUCGUGUAGUGCAAGUAAAUGCUGUCUGUUUUGGUCUCUAGCUUGAUGUGCCAUGUUCUUUAGAGAGUCUGUCGGUCUCUGCUUUACAGACGUGACGUAUACAGGAGAGAGGAGAAGACGCAUGGUUUAUAUAUAUAUAUAUAUAUAUAUAUAUAUAUAUAUAUAUAUAUAAAUAAAAAGAAAAAAGACGAAUAGUCGUAUAGUAAAUGUUCAUUUUAUCGUGACAGACAGACGUGUCGCGCAGAGAACCCUGGAGUUGGCAGGCACUGGAAAUUCAAUAGUUUAUGAUUCAGCAAUCUUGGGAAGGUCGCUUUAUUGCACUAAAGAUUUUCCUUUUUUUUUUGUAACCAUGCCUUUGUGAAGACAUUUAAAAAAAAAAAAAAAAAAAAAAAGGAGAAAAUGGAACAAUUGAAGCUAGCAAAAAAAUUUUUUUUUUUUUUUUUUUUUUCUCAAAGGUAAAUUUACAAAAGGGGAAUUGCAUAUGACCUGGAAAAUUACAAUGAAUUUAUUGCCUUGUGUAGCAAUGUGCACUAAUCUCAAUGAGAUACACGUUUUACUCGUUCUCAUCCACGAGAAUAAGAAAGAUAAAAGCAAACAAAAUCGAACCUUAUUAAAAGUGAAUAAAAGAGAACAUACUUCACUGUUAUUCGACGAUUGUACGUGCGCAUGUUUGUUGAACUAUCUAUCGUAGUACGUGUUGUGACCACUCCCUUCACAAAAAAAAAAAAAAAUGGGACUGGUUGUGUUGACCAGAGGAAAACAAUGAAAUGAAAAAAGAAGAAGAAGAAAAAAAUCUAGUGUUAUUUUGAAUAAAAAACCAAAUUUUUUUUUUUUGCUAAGUUAAUAUCGUUCUAUACGUUUUUAGUUCACGAACGUGUUCUUUUUUUCAUACAUUUCUAAUUUUUUUUAAAUAUUUUUAUUUUAUUUGUUUUUUACAAAAAAAAAUGCCGUUGUGAAGAAGACUGUAAAUAUUUUUUCUAUGUUCUGACAUUUAUCAAGGCACUGAUUUAUUUACUUUUUUUAUUUCACGAAGGAAAAAAAUCAAAACCUUACUUUUUUUGAUACACAGAAGUUUCAUCAAACAUCAAGUCUAAUGCUGUAUUUCUGACUGGUCUGAUGGAGGGGAAAUGUGUUUUCUUUCUGUCUAUUUGAAACAGUAGAAUCUUUGUGUGCUGUUGUCUGGUGUACUGCUCAAUGUACAGUAGCUUGUUAAUAUUGCCGACACAUUUUAGCAAUGUUUCUUUCUCUUUUUUUCAAUGGAAAGUACUCACAGGUGAGAUUUUCUAAGUGGUUUUAAAAGCCAAUAAAGAUUUUUAAGUAA